GAGGCCCAGUCGCGGCGCCGCCGCCACCGCCGCCGCCGCCGCCGCCGCAGCAGCAGCAGCAACUAGCCGCCGCCGCUUCGGCCCUUGCCUGUUUAUAGGGAGGCGCGAUAGCUCCAUGCGGCUCUGCGGGCCAGAGCUGCUGUGCCACUAGAGAGCCAGGGAGAGGGCGCGGGGGCGAAGCCACGACCGGGGCCAUGGCGAGCGGCGGGGGUGGCGGGGAGGAAGGAGGCGGAGAGCGCGGAUGUCCGGAGCCAGACGAGCCUUCGGAGCCGGGACGCGGCCCCGAGGGGGAGGCUACGACAGCGGCAGCAACUGCAGCAGCAGCGGCGGUGGUGAACGGCGGGGGCCGGCGCUGGGGAGCGCAGCACGCAGGGGCCCGCGAGCUGGCCCAGCUCUACUCCCCAGUUGCAGGGGCCCUUAUUGCUGACUUCCUGUCAGGGCUGGUGCACUGGGGAGCCGAUACCUGGGGUUCUGUGGAACUGCCUGUGGUGGGAAAGGCUUUCAUCCGGCCCUUCCGAGAGCACCACAUUGACCCCACAGCCAUCACCCGGCAUGACUUUGUUGAGACCAAUGGAGACAACUGCCUGGUGACGCUGCUGCCUCUGAUGAACAUGGCCUACAAGUUCGGCACCCUUAGUCCUGAUGAACUUUAUCAACUCUAUCCCUGGGAGUGUUUUGUCUUCUGUCUCAUCAUCUUUGGGACCUUCACCAACCAAAUUCACAAAUGGUCUCAUACCUACGUUGGGCUUCCUCAAUGGGUCACUUUCCUUCAGGACUGGCACAUCAUCCUUCCCCGAAAGCACCACCGAAUCCACCAUGUGUCCCCCCAUGAGACCUACUUCUGUAUUACCACAGGCUGGCUCAACUACCCAUUGGAGAAGAUUGGAUUUUGGAGACGGCUAGAGGAUAUUAUCCAAGGACUAACUGGAGAAAAGCCCAGAGCAGAUGAUAUGAAGUGGGCCCAGAAGAUAAAGUAGUCCCCAAAAGCUUUCCUAUGAGCUCUAACCUUGUUGCCAACCUUUCCAAACAGCCUCCCUCCAUCCAUCCAUCAUCUCUCUCUCUCUCUUUCACACACACCACACCACACCGCAACACACACACACACACACACACACACACACACACACACACACACACACACACACACGCCCCAUCCGCCAAGUGCCAGACUUGAAGUGAAAUUACUUGGAGACCUGCUCAGUAGAUGGGCAGCACCAAUGGCUUCUCUCUCCUUUGAAACAAAGAUGAUACUUGACACAUAAUAGAUUAACAUGGUGGCUGGGGGGGCAGGCCAAGGCCCAUGUGCCUUCUGGCUAGCAUCCUGGGGUGCCUUUCCUCUUCAAGAGUAGGGCAGUCCCCUCCUCACAACACUCCAUAAAAACUCAAGGAAGCUUGUGGAAAAGGAAGGAAAAACCAGCUCACAGGGGGUUGGUUGACAUUGUCAUGUUUCUGCAAUGCCUAGGAGAGCUGGGGCCAAACAGAUAGGAGGAAGAGCAAAAGGAGGAGGGUUAUCAUGACUUUGACUCCAGUCCAUUGCGGUUGUUAGUUUUUAUUUUGAAUGCAGUCCUCUGGGGCUGCUCUGCAUGAAAACAGCCCAUUGGAGGCAAAGAAGCCUGCACAACAGACAGACCUUCAUGCUCUUAACGGUUCAUUCAUCAUAACAUCUCCUUUGUGCCCUUGGGGAUGGGGGUUGCCAGCAGGGCCAACUGACCUCUCCCAUUGAGCUUGGGAGACAAGGGGGAAAGCUUCCCUGGGCCAGUCUGGUCCCCACCUCUGCCAAGACUGAGGGAGAUCUGUGUGUAACCUGUGCUGGCCCCCUGACUCCCAGCUCAGUUCAGGAACCCCACGCCUCUACCCACCCCACAGGAGCAGACUUGAGUCGGACAUUUCCCUUUUCAUCGAAAGGCGAUAAUUCAGCUGGUGCUAUUUGCACUGCAAGAGCCAUGAGCUAAAGUGAUGACUGGAUGGGAGGGAAAUGAUAGCCCUCUUGGGAAAGGGUUGUCAGGAGAGGAGAGGGUUGUUUUUUUUAAGGUGCUUGCUUGUUUAAUGUAAAUAAUAUAAAGCCUUAAUAUCUUUUCUGUAACAUGGAAUAAUAUUUUACGGUGAUGUUUUGAAUGUACAUAAUAUAUUUAUAACAAAGCAGCCGAGAAUACUAA